UCCCUUCCCCUACCUUAAGCUAGUCAUUCUCAUUUCCUAUCUCUCCCUUUCUCCCUCUUCUCUCUCUUCCUCAUCUUCCGGGCUAUAUUUCUCCCCCCUUUAUUUAUUCAGAGAAUUUCUGAUAUUAUAAAUACAACAAGGGCAGAGUAAUUUUACUGUUGGAUUUAUACCUCCACAAAAAAGAGAAUAUAUAUAUAUACACAUAUAUAACCUACCUUGCUUCCUUCACUUGUUCUAGUGUUUCUUCUUCUCAAGUUUUAUUUUAUCCUUUCCGUGUCCGAGUUCACUCAUUUCGAAUCGAAAAGACAAAAAAAAAAAGAAGAAAGAAAGAAAGAGAAGAUGUCAAGCUGUGUAGAUCAAGCUGCUGCUGCUGUUCCAUCAUCUGAACAACUUUGCUAUAUCCCUUGCAACUUCUGCAAUAUCGUUCUUGCGGUGAGUGUGCCAUGCAACAACUUGUUCGAUAUAGUUACGGUCCGAUGCGGGCACUGCACCAACCUAUGGUCCGUUAACAUGGCUGCGGCCUUCCAAUCUCUCACAUCCUCCUGGCAGCAACACCACCAACAAAACUUCCACCAGGCACCAAACAAUGGUAAUAUGGGAGAAUAUAGGAUUGACAAUUUGGGGUCAUCGUCAUCCAAGUGCAACUACAACCACAAGGCAGCAACAACUAUGCGAAUUUCACCUCCAUUAAACAACCAUUUAGCCGAGGAAAGGAUCAUUAAUCGCCCACCCGAGAAGAGGCAACGCGUACCAUCUGCUUAUAACCAGUUCAUCAAGGAGGAAAUUCAGCGGAUCAAGGCUAAUAAUCCUGAUAUUAGUCACAGGGAAGCAUUCAGUACUGCUGCCAAAAAUUGGGCACAUUUCCCUCACAUUCAUUUUGGGCUCAUGCUGGAGACCAAUAAUAAUCAAGCCAAGCUAGAUGAGGGCUCGCAAAAGCAUCUAAUGCCAAGGACAACUGCUUUACUAAACAAUUGAUGGUCCAAGGCUGUGUAUACCAAAGUACUCAAGAGUGAUACAUUUCGUGUACGUUCUCACAAAGUACGUACAUGAAGAUCGAUCGACCAUACUAAGUGGAUCUAAUUAAGAAGAGUAAACUGUAUUUUACUACUCUAAAUUCAAGCUGUUUUUGUGUGGGUUAUUAUUCAAUAUAUAUCAUAUGAUGUUUAGUCACAUUAUCUUUUCAUUAAUAUGCUAAGUAUGCGGAAUGAAGUAAGUAAUUCACAUGGUUAUUGUGAUUCAAAGUUUGUUCUCCUUAUGAUACUAUAGUACGUACUCUUUCCGUUCCUAAUUAAUUGUUGCUUUUACUUAUA